AUGGGACGCAAGAAGAAGAACGAGUCCAUCCAGAUCCAGGAUCCUCGACUACUGAAGCAGCCAUGCAAGGCUGUCUCCGAGAAGAAAGAGGGAGGUAGGAGCAGCUCUACUCCUGUUAUGCCUUUGGCAUAUUCGAUGAUUAGUUUUAUAUGCGGGGAGAAUUUCAUGAAGGAAUACGAUCAAAAGUUACUGGAAGCAGCCGCAGCAAAAUGGGAUUCCAUGUCCCAAGAGGAAAAGUGUCCACACGUCCAAAAAGCCUUAGAGACGACGGCUUCAUACGAGAGACUUGCUAAAUCGCUGCGUAAGGCAAGGUCAAUGACUGUUUUUACAUACAAGAAGGAUUUCGUGAAGGAAUACAAUUGA